AUGGUCCAGAACUUCCUCGUGGUUCGGUGUUUUCCGCUGCCAAAGCUUCCAGGUGCAGCAGGUGAAGAAGGCGAGAAAUGGAGCUGCAAGCUGUGUGGAGAGAAGCAGUCGCUGCUGAAGGAAUUCGGCCGUGGGUCCGGAGCCGACUGCCGGCGCCACGUCCAGAAGCUGAACGCCAUGAGGGGAACCAAGAUGGAGGAGCAGGAGGCCCACGCCUGGUCGCUAUGUGAGCAGCAGGAGGAGGAGCAGCGUCCAGGUGACCAGGUGAGACCUGCUCAGGUGAGACCUGCUCAGGUGAGUCGUUGGAGCAAAUAUCUAGACACACCUGAGGAAGAGGAGGAAGAGGAAGGAUUGGAGGGCAACCAAAUCACUGGCAGGAAGAGACACAGACCAGAGGAGCUGGGAGGAGGAAGAAGAGGGGAAGGCUGCCCACCUGUUAAGCUGAAACAGACAGCAGUGACAUCAUCUGUGACCUCAGCAGCAGCGCCCAGCGGCUCCGGCUCCAGGCGGGGUCCGUUCCUCAGUGCUGACUGCAGGGGGGCGGAGCUUCCUGUUAUCAGUCAACCAGUAGACACUGCAGCAGCCAAGCCCCACCCCCAACUUCCUGUGUCCUCCAUGUUUGACAGCGGCGAAGACUUCAACUUUGAUGAGGAUUUUCUCACAUUUUAGCUUCGAUUCUUUUCGUUUAUGACUGUUGUUGUUUACAUCAGAGACUCAAACAGGUUCUGGCAUCAUUUCAGG